GUUGGUGAGCCGCUACCGUCCGCUACGCGAUCAAUCUCGCCGUCGACGAAUUAUUUUUGACAGUUCAGUUCAUCCGCCGUCCCGGUUUCUAUGUACGCAAACGGUAUGGAUCGCGAAAUAAUAACUAUCAAUAUAUUGUCGUCGUAAAAUACCGCACGUACACGUUUUAUGUGUACAUUAUAUAUAAAUUGAUACAUAUGAUAGGUACUAUAAUACCUACUUUCGCCCGGGAACAUUUCGUUUUUGGUUGUCGUCGCUAAGAUUAUUUAGAUCAAAUAGAAAUUUAAUAUAAACACUUAAAAAAAUUAAACACUAACGAUAAAGAACACGAAAAAAAUUGUUGAUCGGUUCGGCGAGCUGUGCAUGCAGUAUAAUAUACAAACGAACGAAAUUCGAAAAUCGCGGGAAUUCUCCGACAACCCCUUCCCCCGCCCGUGACAUCGAACAGAUUCGCGCAAAACGCGUGCCGGACCUGCACCCGCCCGACGUCAUCUCCGUAGUACCAUCGUUGCCUCGUUGUCGUUGUUGUUUCCAACACGGACUCGCGAACGUGGCGCCGACGGUCUUCCGUCGGAGGCGGCGUCGGCGGCGGCGGCGCUGUCGACGAAGCCGAACGUACGUCGUCGGCGAUUACCACCAUGAAGCUGGUGUCGCGUCUCCGGGGUGUGGACAACAAAGACGGCCAACAGCAGUCGCCGCCGCCACCGCCGUCCACGUUGCCGGGCGGGCGGCGGCUGAGCGUCGCGGCCGCCCCGCCUCGCGCCGCGUCGGCCGCUGGCGUCACGGCGGCCAGGGACCGGUCCAGGUCGCUGUGCGUCGAACGGCUGGGCCUGGCCACGCUCCUGCACCCGGCCGCCAUACCGGUCAGAGAGCUCAACAGGAGGCGGGCCUCGUCCGCACUAUCGUCGUCUAAUGAUCUCAUAUCUCGACGUGGUGUGUUCAGCAGGCGUCAUUAUGGUUCUGUUGAAUUAUUGCCCCAAUUGGAUGCAUCUGGACAAGAUCCUGGAGGAAGAAGAUUUCGUAUCGAGAAUGGUGACUCCCUUGGAGAAAAAGAAGAGAUAUUUGGAUCUCCUUGUACUCCUGUUCUGGAAAAUCCAGAAUUUCAGACAAGAUGGUACUUUAAAUAUUUUUUGGGAAAAUUGCACCAGAAUUAUGUAGGAUCGGAUGUGGAUAAGUUUCCAUUUUUUUUAUCCGUUGUGCUGACGGAUGCUAAUCAUCAAUGCGUGCCUCAGUAUAGAGCAAUUUUAUGGCGCAAAACGGGAGCACAAAAAAUCCUAUUACCUCAUACACCUCACAAACCAAUGACAGUCAAGCAAAUUUUAAGUAAUUUCCCGGCAAUGGAUAAGUUAGAGAAAGGUCCAAAGGAAAUAUUUUCUCCGGAAAUUCAAAAGGAUUUGCUACUUUUGGAAGAGCAAGAAGGAUCGGUGAAUUUCAAAUUUGGCGUGCUGUAUACCAAACCAAGCCAACUAACCGAUGACGAAAUGUUAAGCAACGAAAAUGGCAGUGAGGAAUUCAAUCAAUUCAUAUCAUUAUUAGGCAACCGAGUACGACUGAAAGGAUGGGAUAAGUACCGAGGAGGAUUGGACGUAAAAGGCGACAUGACGGGCGAAUAUUCGGUGUACACGAUUUACGAAGGGCACGAAAUCAUGUUUCACGUAUCCACGAUGUUGCCGUACUCGAAGGACAAUCGACAACAGGUGGAACGCAAACGUCACAUUGGAAACGACAUUGUCAACAUUGUGUACGUGGACGGGGGUGCGACGCAAAUGUCUCAGUUCAACCCCGCGUUCAUCAAGUCACAGUUUACACAUGUUUUUGCGUUGGUCGCGUAUGAUUCGACGGAUAACAGCUAUAAGCUGGUGGUUUACUCCGAAGAAUCUGUACCACUAUUCGGUCCAUCACUACCGUGUCCUCCAGUAUUUAAAGUGCCUCAAGAAUUUAGGGAAUUUCUCAUUGUCAAAAUGAUAAAUGGUGAAAAAGCCACAUUCAAUACGCCAACAUUUGCGAAAAAACGAGAACGAACACUCGACAUGCUCAUUAAAGACCUGUACUCAGACUACAUGUCGGAUUCUAGUAAAGUGGCGAUGUUGAACAGACGGGCGUUCAGCGACGUGCUGCCAGACCCGCCGCGCAGCUCGCGUCGUAAGGAGGAGGCCCGGCAGGUGGAAUUCGUGCGGAUCGGCCAGGCGCUCAAACUGGACACCAUCGUCAAAGGGGAUGCACCCACCAGCCUCGCCACCACGGGGCUAUUCAAACGGGCACCAUGGGAGCCGCAGUGCUUCUACCCGGACUUUGGUCACGACAUCGUGUGCGGAGACUCGUGGGCCGACAGCCGACUAGUCAUCAGCACUGAUAACAGUGGAGUGUUUGUUAUCGAAGACGGCGUGUCACAGAGGCAAAUCUUCGAUAAGACGAUACAAGCCAAUCAGUUGAACGUUGUGGAAGCUCACGGUAUCCUUUUGUUCAGGACCGAAAAGGGGCGUGACAGCAAGAUAUACGUGUUCAGACUGUCUGAAUUCGAUGCGGACGUACAGACUGAAGUAAAAAGCAAACCGGACCUCAAAGACCAUAAACUAGAACGUACCAGGGGCUGUAGCAUGUAUGCGAUUAGUAAACCCGGCGGUUCGAGGCUCAAAAUGGUAAUCUGUGUAAACCGCAAACUGACGCUGAUGCAAUGGAAACACUCGGCUGCCUGGACGGCUUGGUGCCCGGCCAGCGAUACGGACACGGUCGAAGGGUUCAUGUAUCUGAGGGAAUUCCAAAUUGCCGAACAGCCAUCGAUCAUAACGUUAAUUGAGUCAGCGGUCGGUGGUAACUCGGACACGUGCAGUAUAUGCGUCGGAUAUAAACAUCAGUUCGACAUCAUCACCGAUGGGUCGGGCACCGCACAACGGUUGUUUGCCGUUCAAGAAGGCACCAAAGCUCACCUGGUGUCAGCCACCGAUCUCUAUGAGGACGAGGAGCCCGAAUUGCUGUUGUGCUAUAACAACACUUGUCAUUUUCAAAAACUCAGUGAGACAAACAAUACAACCGAAUUUGAUUUCCAUUGGAAUUCCAUUCCGAAGGACAUAGUUUGUUCUUUCCCAUACAUCAUAGCAUUUACCACGGAUACAAUGGAAAUCAGACUUAUAAUCAAUGGCAAUUUAGUUCAAACUAUGGCUAUGCCAAAACUAAAAUUAAUUUGUUCCAAGAACGACAUAUAUUUUGCAACUACUGCUCCGGAAUUUUUCCACGGGAAAAUGGAAAGACUGCAAAUGGACCAACAAAAAGCCGAACGAGAGAGCAUGUCGCCGCCUGCUUCGCCGCAUUUGUCUCCGGAAACGAAACCGCUUCGCCUUUAUCGGAUACCUUUGAACGCACUCACCGGCGUGGUCGGCCCAUAUGACCGGAAGUGCGUCAACGAGGCCGACGACUCGAACGAGAAUAAGGCCGUCGAAAACCUCAAACUGUCGGAGAGCAAAUCCCGGACGUCGGCGAGCAGAAGUUGCACAGCCUCGCCAACGACUGGCCUCAACACGACUAAUCUGAUGCUGCACAAGACAUAAACGUUCCAGCGGUCAUUACUCGCAAUAUAAAAUAUAAAUACAAAAAUACCUUAACGCGUAAACCUACAUAAUAUUUAAAAAAAAAAAAUUGUUGUUACCACGCAUUCCUCGGUGGCAUAUUCAAGCGGCCGUCCGCCACCGCUUCAACGGUGUUGUCCGCAAACCCAAUGAGAAGACUUUUUUAAUUUAAUUUAAAAAAAUAUUAACUUCAUUCCCAACACCCAUACGAAUAUCGUACCUAUAUUAUAAUAUACUACCAUCGUGGAGGAGGAUCGCGUCAUAUAUAUCAUAAUACGGUAUCAAUGCUGAUCAAGUGCAUUCGUACCAAAAUUGCUUAGAUAUGCUACCUACUGCAGUUAUUUAAUACACCUAUUAUUAUUAAGAUUAUUAUUAUAAGCUAAAUAUUAUUAUCUAAUAAUCCUUCUAUAUUAUAUAUAAAAUAUGCAUUUACCGUUUGAAUUUAGAAAACACAAAACAACGCAUAAAAUAAAUAAAUAUUUAAGUACUAUAUUUCAUUACAUUACAAUGCAUUGAAUCGUUGCGAAUCACUGACUUACGAAAAAGACUUCGACCCAUUUCACUGCAUAUUUUCCAGUAUAGUGUAUCAAAAGCAUACACGUAUUCUGAUUAUUUUUUACAUUUUAAGAGUACUUACCUAUGUAAUAUAUGAUGACAUUUUGUAACACGCAAUACUUUACUCUGUCACUUUGAUAAAUACUCCUCGUCUCUUUAUUAGUUAAAACCUUAAAAUAUUGACAACUUCAAAUUUCCUCUUUUGAUAUUUUUAAAUACACGAAAUUCGUAAAUAUUCUAGAGAUCUCUUUAUUAUAGCCUUUAUUUGUACCCCAAAUUAAAUUUAUCGACCCGGUUAAUGUCAACCAUUAUUUUUAAUUCUUAAAACGUGAUCAGAUAUAUUUUUAUUAUUAUUUGAUUUAUGAUUGGAAUACUGUUAAAAUGUUAAAUUGUAAUGAGUGUAGUAUAAUACAUACUAACGUGUUAAAAGUAAUAUUCGACAAAUUAAGGCGCAUCCCCUAUAAUCUUAUUUAAAAACUAUACUUAUAAAAUAUUUUCUGGAUUAAAAAGUAGUUCCACGUAUUAAAAUAAAAACAAAUGUGAAAAUGUUUACUUCAAAUAUGUUAGAUAUAUUAUACAGAACGAAUAUAUUUAAAACUCUUUUAACGUUGUUAAGUAUAAUUUUGUGUAGGAUGUUAAGCAUGACGAAUUUUGCAAGUUAAAAAUUAUCAUCCCUUAUUACGUAUAUUGUUAUACACACCGCAUCAAAUUCAAUAUAACAUUAUAAAUACAUUCCGUUCUUUAUAUUGUACUGUAUAAGAUUAUGGAGGGAAAAAUUGUUUUCUAUUUUUGUUAAUUACAUAAUAAUUAGAUAUAUUAUCUUAUUUGGUUUAAUUAGUAAUAUUAAAUUUAAUUAUUUAUUAUUACCGUUAUUAUAUCGUUUCGUCGUCAAAUUACUCGACAAAGGGCUACGAAUAUAAUAUAUAUACACAAUAAUACAUAAAAAUACUAUCAAAUAAAAAAUUACAAUAAUAUUUAUAAAGAUUAAUUUUGGAUUUGUAUCAGAUUGUCUAUACACAUAAAGUUCCGCUCACGAAUAUUGACCGCGCAUAUUGUUUCACUCGAACUCACGGGUAUUUUUUGGUUUAAGUGCGCAUGUGGUUGAAAAUAUUUAAUACCCGUGCUCAAUAUUUUUAAAUCCCCUGGUACUUUAAAAAUAUUAUUUAAUAUGUUUUAAAAUUUUUAAUUUAAAUGCAACAAACGUGUAUUUUCAAAAUAAUUCUUUAAAAAAAUAAAUUCUAUAAGACGGAAUUACCUGCUACUGUUAUACUUUUGUCUUAUAUGAAAACUUUUCUGUGCUCUAACUUCCGGUGCCCAAUUUCUUAACAACACGCGAACAUAUUAAUAUUAAUUCUAGUUGAAAUAAAAAAUAUUUAUGAAGUCGGAUAAGGUUAAACAGUUAAUAUCUUUAUCGCACUCAACGUCGGCGGAAUCUAAUUGAUUGUAAAUGCUUAACACUGCAGUGCACGUACAUUUUGAACAUUGUUAUCUUUUUCUCAUAAUUGUACCUCGGUGCUUACAAGUUAUAACUUUGGACUUACCCAACCCUAUAUUAUUCUGUCUUCCGCAAACAGAAUUCGUCUCUGAUCGAUUUUACAACAAAAUUCGCAUUCGAAAAACAAUAUAACCACUCGUAUACACGUCUAUCGGACAUUCGGAUAUAUAAUUGGUUUUCGAAAUCUCAUCCGAAUAAAAAACGACUUCAUUAUACUACACAAUAUUUUUUUGUCGGAAAUUAAUACGAAAUCGACAAACUCUAAUUCGACGCUGUUGUAAAACGCGGCAUUAUGUUUUCGAGAUCACAGUUAUUAUGAUUAUUUUCAACUCCCCCCCUUCCGAAGGAGAUCGAUCCAUCCUCUACCACCACUCCGAACAUCAUGUACAACACCGCCGUGGUUUUCAAAGCAUACGUCGUACCUGAACAUUCUUUUCCCGAGGCAGUCCCUGUCCCCGAAUACUAAUUUUCAAAUACCAAAUAUUUCUCGAGCUACUUACACACAACUAUUGAGCUGCAGAUUACAUACUUGCUCGUUCACGACCAUAUACAUAUAUUAUCGUCAGGGGUUUGUUAUUAUGAUUGAAAAUAAGAAAACCCACCAAAGUUACGUGCAUAAUACCGUAUUGAAAUCAUUUCGUUUUCAUUUUUUGAUAUCUCGAGCGUGUUAUAUUAAUAUUUUUCGUCCGACUGAAUUAUUAUUAUUAUUCAUUACUAUAUGCAUACUAUAUAUACUUAUAAUACUAUUAAUACUAAACACAACUCUAUACAGGUAAUUCUAUAUUAUAAUAUUAUAGAUUAAUUUAUUUAAAUGUGACGACCACAUGUAAGUCACAUAUUAUUUACGCGGUAAUCGUACAUAAAAUAUUACGUUUCGCGUGGGGUUAUAACUUAUCUAUAAACUGCAGUGACCGUACACGUAAUAAGGUGUGUACUGAGCCCUUGUUCAAAUUUCAGGCAUCUUUUUCCUUUUUUUCUUGUCGAAAACCAAAAUUUAUAUCGAUCCGUGGUUUUAACAAACAAGCCCGAAUACAGGGAGGGGGUAAAGUAGAAUCAUUUUUUAUCAUUAAAAUAAUAAUAAAAUAAAUAAUGUAUUUUAAAAAAUUUACCCCCCCUCCCAAAAGAAUUGAUCCUGAAUACGUGUUUGUUAACGAACAGUUUUUUUUUAACAGAAACCAAAUGCCUGUAAAAAUAAAAUGUUAAGUAAAUACUAAAUAAAUAAAUACGUAAAUACGGCCCGUAAAAUUUGGUGUUCGCCUUCCACCACAACAGUUCUGUAGAAUUUCAGCGACGACGAUAUCAGAGAAACUGCUAUUGGAUAUACCCGAAUCGCGUAUAUUAUUACAGGGACAAUAUAACUAUUGACCCACAUAAUCCAACCACUUUUGAAGGCAUUUAAUAAUUAUUAUGGCAUAAAAUCGUGGCUUUUCCGUUUGAUGGAUUAAAUGGAUAAAAUACGGUUUUAUCCGACGAAACCAGACAACAUAAAUCACGUGACACACGUGUGUCCACGUAGUAUUAACAGGCACGCAUUUCUAAAAUUUCGAAUUUCUCUGUAUAAGUACUUAUUCCAUUUCUUGAAAUCGACUUUUGACAGAUAAUCAUUGUAAUACACGUCCGACACAGAAAUCCGUAUCCUUCGUACCUCCACACAGGGUUUCAACCUAUGUAAAUUUAUACCUUAAGGAUUUCUAUGAUUUUUUUUAAAUGUUUAAAGUUACCUAUAUAUAUAUAAUAUAUAUUAUACUAAUUACUAAUAUUAUGUGAAUAUUUACACGAUUUAUGCGUUGUUAUUCUGUCGGUGACAUGCCCGUCGAGUGCAGCGCAGUGGUCGAAACUUUAUAUAUUUUAUAUUAUAAUAAUAAUUAUUAAAUAAUAUUAGUUUAUAAAAGAAAAUCUAUCUUUCCAGUUAUAGUGUUGGGAACGGGUCCUGGUAUAACAAAUAUAAAAUAUAGUUAUUAUUAUUAUUAUUAUUAUUAUUAUGUAUAUGUGUGACAAAAUUAUCAUAUCGUUUAUCUAGUAAGUAUAAUUAUGGCCGUAUAAAUACUUAGGUAUAACCUAACCUAUCAAGUAGAGUUUAGCGAUAUGAUUAUUGUGCGGUGUCAAUAAAAAUGCGAAUAGGUACAAUAUUGAAAAUUAAAAUAUAAUUUAAAACCAUUAAAACUAAUAAAUGCGCAUAUCAUCUCAUCGAGUGGCAGUGUAUAAAUUCUAUUUUGAAUUUAUCGUAUUCAUAUAUUAUAGUGGAAUAUUCCGAUACUGCAGGUAUAUAUGUAUAGACAUUUACAGGUUAUGUUAAUUUAUUAUUUCCAUAGCAGUACCUAUUUCAAAUAAUAUUUGACAAUAUAUACAGGGUGAUAUCCUUUGACAUCAGACACCCUCACCAGCAUCACCCUUUAAUAAUACAAUUAUUCAAAAUUUCCAAUUUUGAUUUUUUAGAAUUUUUAAAUAAGUACCUAUAAAAUACCAUAUUUUAAGAUAUUUAGAUUUAUUAUAUGACUUAAGAAAUGUCCUGUGAGAAAUCAACUAUUUUUUCAUAUGAGAAUCAAAUUUUUUUAUUGCUAAGCAGAUUUUUUUUUAAAUUAUUAUACUUUAUUAAGACUAAUAUUCCUUAGUUAUAACUAAAUAUCAAAUAUAAAAUAAAUGUAAAAUAUAAUCUAAUACUUAUUAAAUAUAUUAAUUAUAAUACUCGGACAAUUUUUUACAAAUAUUAUUAACACAUAACUCAUUCUUAUUAUUAUUUUCAAAUAAUUACAUAAAGUUUAAUAAUUAAAAAACUAUACUCAUUAAAAUUAAAAUUUAUUAAGGUAGGUACAUCAAAAUUUGAAAAAAAAAUCAUCUGCUUAACAACGUAUCUACAGUAAAAAUAGUUGUUCUCGUAUGAAAACAUGAAAUUGUAUAGCUACAGAACAAUUCCUAAAUGCUAUAAAAAUGCUAUUUAUUUUAAAAUAUGGCAUGGAAAUAGGAUAAGUACCUACUCAAUAAUUCCAAAAUUCAGGAUUUUAGUGAAUUUUUUAUCAAAGAAAAAAUGGGCAUAUUAUUUGGGCACAUGUGACAUAUCCACAUUUGACGUGUGAAUACCACAUAUAAAUUCACGGUAUUUCAAAUAUUUUACCGGUAAAAUGAGUACCUACCUAUAAUUGACCAGUCCAAUCCUUACAGUAGCCACUCGACGUUAUGACAUUUUAGAUAAUAUUGUAACCGAUAUAUAUUUUUGACUUAUUGUGUGUUUAAAUGUUUAGGAGUACCUAAUAUAAGAUACAUAUGUUAUGUUUUAAUCAAAAUCAAAGUCAAUUUUUUUCCAUAUUAGACUAUUAUAUUAUAGUGUUAUUACUUAUUACUGUUAUUGUAAUAAAUAGUUUUACAUUUACUUAUAUUAUAUUCCAAUAUACGAUUAUUUUUUUUUUCGUUCGAUGAUAACGUUUAUCUCGAACUGAUGUUUGUUACCAUAAUAUAUACGUUUUCUACGUUUUCUUUGUAAAUCGGUGACUUACCGAUAUUACUUGCGUCGUGCUAGAGAGAGUACAGCAUAAACGUUAUUAAAGUAUAAAAGAAUAACAAUAAUUUAUAUCAGUUGUUAUUUUGAGUUGUGUACUUAUAAAAGUUAUGAACCUUGUUAUGUCAUAUUUAUUUACUUACCUUUAUUGAAUAAUAUGAUUUGUCUACAUUUUAUUUACCAUGUUAUUAAAUUAAAAUAAUAAAGAUACCAAUUAUCAAGAAAA